AGUACUAAAUUAUGCUUGAUUACGAUUGUUUGAUUAGCUGAUUGUGGUUCCAAAAUUAGGUCGUGGGAAAGAUCCACACACACAGCUUAGUUGCUGACCCACGUAUGUUUUCAGGCUCGCAGGUGCAACUAGGAUCGGACUACUGAGGCUGCCCUAUCCUUCUGUACUACCAUCAUGAGGUAGUUUGGAACACUAUUCUGUCAUGGUCACCUAGGAUUUCUGCUUUGAGUGUUUUCAAUAAUAACCCACAUUUUGUAAAAUUCAAUAAGUGGGUUGGUGAUCGAAUAAUGAGUUUGUAUGAUAACGGUUUAUGUUUGUGUUUAAUAAUCGGAGAUGAUGUUUGAGAUGAUUGAGUUCAACCAGUAACACCAAGGAUUUGGCUGCGCGGUUGAACCAUGGGUUCAACCAUAGAGAUUUUGGGUGGGGUGUUACACCUGACCUGCCACAUCAGAAAAUAGCCACGUCAGACCCAACCCAACCAAGCCCCUACCCCAACUGCAUUUCUUGACCCUUCCUCUCCCCAAGUUCCCCUUUGUCGUUUUUCUUCGUCGUGAGCCAAGGAGUCGAUCGCCAUCUGUUUACACCAAAAGUUAACCUUGUACCACAUCGGUUAAAAACAAGGAAUUAAAUGGCCUUAUAAGGCCAACUUAAUCAUAUUAGUUUAAAUCAGUUGAGUGGGCCAUGAGAAUUUGGUUUUUGGGCCCAUUACUCAGUGCCACCACGCGCGCCAUGUAUCCCCAAAUUUGGCUAAGUAUGGGAGCCACCCCCAUGACAUGCAGAGGGCGUGGCCCUCAUAUCUCCGCCCCCAGGAGGUACCAAGGGGGGGGGGGGGGGUGGCCAUCAUAUCUCCACCCCCAGGAGGUACCAAGGGGGGUGGCCACCAUCAUACCACCCCCAGGACGUGGCAAGGGGGGUGGACAUCAUACCGCCACCCCCAUGACAUGGUGAGGGGGUGAUGGCCGAAUUUGGCCAUCAUAUCUCCACCCCCAGGAGGUACCAAGGGGGGUGGCAAGGAGGCACCAUGAUAUGACACAAGGGUGAUCACUAAGGAUGGCAAGGAGAACCCCCCAUGAGAUGAUCAGGGGGUGGCCAUCAACACACCCCGCCAUGAGCAUGCAAUCCCCAUGAUAUGAUCAGGGCGGUGAUUAAUAUCCACCCCCUGUGGUAUGGUCAGGGGGUCACCAACAUACGCCCCCAUGGUAUGGCCAAGGGGCGUGGUCAACAUCGCCCCCAUGAGGUUGCCAAGUGGGCUACCAAGACACCACCCUCAUGAGGUGGUCAAGGGGGGUCAUCUGAGCACGUGGUGAAGUAUUUUUGCCAUUUUGACUCAGGUGGUUUGAGUACCCACCCAUAUGUGGCAUGUGGUCUGCUUUCAUGCCUUAGCUAUUUUUACUCUAUGGAUAAGCAAAACUACGAAGGAGAUGCCAAGAAUAGAGGUUGAGGUCUCAAGAUGAGGAAGUCAAGACUGAAGAGGACCCCACAUCCAACAUCAGGGUAACCGUCAUAGCAGUUGAGUGGGUAACCGUCACUCCACGUUAGUAGAGCAGUUUCUUGGGGCAGUUACUUCUGGUGGCUAUAAAUAGGAGGUGAAGAUGAUAGAGAAAGGGUUCGCCAAAAUCACACUAGACAACACAAUGUCAAAUUUUACUGUGGAGCACAUUGGACGUUUUACUGUCCAGUGUGGGGAUGUGGGAGAUUUUAUUAAGUUAAGAGUAUUUGUAAACUCAUUGACAGGACCUGCUUUUGCCUGGUAUGUCAAUUUGCCAUCCAACUCCAUCCAAACAUGGCAGCAGAUGGAGCAAAUCUUCCAUGCUCAGUUUUAUAGAUCUGAGCGUGAAGUUUCCAUGGCUGAUUUGGCACGAAUGCGCCAAGAACCAGGGGAGUCAGUAGAGCACUUCUUGACAAACUUCAAGAAUGCUCGUAACCGAUGUUUUGUCAACUUCACAGAGAGAGAGUUUGUCAAGUUAGCACAAGGGGGGUUGAGUUUUGAGUUAAGGAAGAAAUUCCAAGAUAGAGAAUUCUCUGACUUUUUCCAACUCAUGUCUUGUGCGGUGAGAUAUGAAUAUCUUCUUCAAGAAGAGGAGAAUAGGAGGAGUGCCUCAAGGGGGCAAUACUUCCCCAACAUCGGCUACCCUGUCAACUAUAUUGGCCAAGAGGCCAAUGAGGUGGAGGUAGACCUGGCUGAGUUAACUCUGGGGAAGCCAUAUGUAUGUGCUCCUUUGGCUAAUAUGGACAAUGAACCACAAGGGGGUAGACCAAAUUGUGCCCCCAUCCAGCCACGGAAGUAUUCAUUUUAUAUUUCUAAAGCCGACUUGAUAUUUGACCAACUCUACAAAGAUGGUCAAAUCAAGUUGACAGGGGGGCAUAACAUCCCACCCCCUGAGAAGUUAAGAGGAAAAACAUAUUGUAAGCGGCAUAACAACAUGCUACACUCCACAAACUCAUGUGUGGUUUUUCGCAAUAUAUUGCAGGAUGCUAUUGAGAAGGGUCGCAUCAAGCUCCCCGAGCCAAAGAAAGAUGCCAUGAUGGUGGAUACCAACCCGUUUCCCAACGUGCUUGGUGUUAACAUGGUUAAUCCAGACUUCUCCAAGAUUGAGCUUCCUCGUUUCAAACUUGUGUUAGAUACAACACCGCAACAAGGGAUCCCCAAAAGAGUGGUUGAGCAGGGAAAGUCAUCGAGGGGCAAGCAGGUCAACUCGGCCGCGUCUAAGGUGUCCAGUGAGGUGGAGAAGCUAUGUUCCCAGUGCAAAAGGAAUCUUAGACUUGAUGAAGUGAAACCGAAUCGACCAGUCCAACAAAGAAUUGGCCCACCCCAUAGGCCUAGAUACCCAUCCUAUCAAAGACAAGUAGAGGGGGUCAUUCAACCGACAUGGGGGCAAAGAAGGCAAUGGGUGGCACAUGGCCCUCUUCCCAUGAGAAGGACUUCCAAGAUGCCCAAUGUGCCACAAGGAGGGGGGCAUACUUAUGAUAUGCAUAGUCAACCAGUAGCUAUUGGGGGGAUGGCAAGGACUCAAAGGAGGAGAUUCCUACGUAAGAAUGCUAAAGCACGAAAGGGGCAAUACCCAGCAGUACCUGGUGAGAUAGUGGGGCCAUCACAACAAAAUGAGGAUGGUCAUGCUACUAUUGAGGUGGACAACUCUAUGGCCACAGGUCCCAAAGUAAUAGUGUCUGACAAGGGCACGCAUGUCCAAGUCCAAAGUGAUGGUAAAGGUCAGAAGGGAAAAAAUGGUGAAGGUGGUGAUUCAAAGCCAGCUUGUGAAGAAUCAUCUCCUUUGAACAACCAUGGACAAAUAGUGUAUGGUUGGCUGGUUUGGUUUAAUACAUGGACUUGGCAGUGGGUUUAUACCUUUGGCACAUUGGUUAUUGCCAAAGGGUAUGGAGAUCAAUGAUGCUUGUAACUACUUAUUAUAUGCAAUAAAAAAAAAGGAAAAAAAUAGUUAAUAUAGAAAAGCCAAUCAUGGCUAUAUAUAUAUAUAUAUAUAUUUAAAAUGCCAAAGUGGCAAGUUUCAGAAGAAGUUAGUAGGUUUUGAUGUGAGAAUAUUGCCACGACUGGUAAGCCUCAAUCAUUACUCGUCUUGUCAGGCCAUUAAGGUGGCUUAACCAUGCCAAACUUUAAAAUUUUGAAAGGUGUGAACCAUGUACCCCAUGACAAGACAUGGAGGUGAUGGUGAACAUGGAGUAUGAUUAGUAGUAGUUUGGAUUAACUAGGGGCGCAUGAUGUUGUUCUAGCCCAAUAACUUCAAAAGAUACCAUGCCGUGUGAUUUAAGAGUGACCAUAAGUGUUGGUGGUCACAGUGGCAUGGGGGGCACAGUUGUGUCGAGAUGGAAGGACUAUGGAAUAAUUAUGUUUGACUCCCUUCCUUCCACCCACACGGCAGCAAAGGAGAAGAAAUUGGGAUUGUUUUGGUCAUUUAAAUUGUAAGGCCAAGUAUUUGAGUUUGGUAGGCUAGUUGGUGUGAAACUACUUAGUCCAUAAUUCUUAUGCACUAAGUAGUUGGGGGGCAAUUGUUUACACCAAAAAUUAACCUUGUACCACAUCGGUUAAAAACAAGGAAUUAAAUGGCCUUAUAAGGCCAACUUAAUCAUAUCAGUUUAAAUCAGUUGAGUGGGCCAUGAGAAUUUGGUUUUUGGGCCCAUUACUCAGUGCCACCACGCGCGCCAUGCAUCCCCAAAUUUGGCUAAGUAUGGGAGCCACCCCCAUGACAUGCAGAGGGGGUGGCCAUCAUAUCUCCGCCCCCAGGAGGUACCAAGGGGGUGGGCAUCAUAUCGCCACCCCAAGGAGGCUGCCACCCCUAGGAGGUACCAAGGGGGGGGGGGGGCAUCAUAUCUCCACCCCCAGGAGGUACCAAGGGGGGUGGCCACCAUCAUACCACCCUCAGGACGUGGCAAGGGGGGUGGACAUCAUACCGCCACCCCCAUGACAUGGUGAGGGGGGUGAUGGCCGAAUUUGGCCAUCAUAUCUCCACCCCCAGGAGGUACCAAGGGGGGUGGCCACCAUCAUACCACCCCCUGGACGUGACAAGGGGGGUGGGCAUCAUACCACCACCCCCAUGACAUGGUGAGGGGGUGAUGGCCGAAUUUAUGGUGAGGAGGGUGAUGGCUGAAUUUGGCUAAGGCGAGGAGUAUGGGAGUCAACCCCAUGACAUGGCAAGGGGGUGGGCAUCAUAUUGUCACCCCCAUGACGUAGUGAGGGGGUCAUAUUACCACCCCCCCCCCCCCCAUGGAGUGUUUGUGGAGUAGCAUGGGAUCACCACCCCCAUGCGGUGUGAAAUACGACUAAGUAUGGUGAGGCAAGGAGGCACCAUGAUAUGACACGAGGGUGAUCACCAAGGAUGGCAAGGAGAACCCCCCAUGAGAUGAUCAGGGGGUGGCCAUCAACACACCCCGCCAUGAGCAUGCAAUCCCCAUGAUAUGAUCAAGGUGGUGAUUAAUAUCCACCCCCUGUGGUAUGGUCAGGGGGUCACCAACAUACGCCCCCAUGGUAUGGCCAAGGGGCGUGGUCAACAUCGCCCCCAUGAGGUUGCCAGGUGGGCUACCAAGACACCACCCUCAUGAGGUGGUCAAGGGGGGUCAUCUGAGCACGUGGUGAAGUAUUUUUGCCAUUUUGAUUCAGGUGGUUUGAGUACCCACCCAUAUGUGGCAUGUGGUCUGCUUUUGACACGCUAAAACACAACACCUAACAAUGGCCAAGUGUAACCAAUGAAAGGGACUGCAGUAUAGUGGCACAAGUAAUAAAUAUCGAAUCCACGG